CCGCGCUUCUCGCACGCCCCCCACCUACAUCCCCAAAACAAUAUCCCCAAAAACAUGUUUCUCAGGAAAACCAAAUCGUACUUGUUGAAACCCUAGCGCCAUCUCGCCGCCGGCGAUGUCCGCUUGACGGACGCGCCACCGAGAAAGCACCAAACUCCUCCGAGCCCUCCCCUCUCUCUGAUCCGUCGCCCGCCCGCGGGAUCCGGAUCGUCUUCAGCCAUGUCAAAGGCCAGGGUCUACGCCGACGUUAACGUGGUGCGCCCCAAGGAGUACUGGGAUUACGAGGCCCUCGCCGUCCAGUGGGGUGAGCAGGAUGACUAUGAAGUUGUGCGGAAAGUUGGAAGGGGCAAAUACAGUGAAGUCUUUGAAGGUAUCAACGUCAACAAUAAUGAGAAAUGUGUUAUUAAGAUCCUGAAGCCUGUGAAGAAGAAGAAGGUAACUUAUCUGUGCCUUAUAUGGUCACGGUUUAACUAUGAUUUUAGUUUUUUCACGUUUGUCAUGCUUAUCCAGAUCAAAAGAGAGAUCAAAAUACUACAGAAUCUCUGUGGAGGUCCAAAUAUUGUGAAGCUGCUUGAUAUUGUCAGGGAUCAGCAUUCAAAAACACCAAGCUUGAUCUUUGAAUACAUCAAUAACACAGAUUUCAAAGUGCUAUAUCCGACAUUGACAGAUUAUGACAUUCGCUACUAUAUCUAUGAGUUACUGAAGGCUUUGGAUUACUGCCAUUCACAAGGCAUUAUGCACCGAGAUGUGAAGCCUCACAAUGUUAUGAUAGAUCAUGAGCUUCGAAAACUCCGGUUAAUAGACUGGGGCCUUGCUGAAUUCUACCAUCCUGGAAAGGAGUAUAACGUUCGUGUUGCAUCAAGGUACUUCAAGGGACCUGAGCUUCUUGUUGACUUACAAGAUUACGACUACUCUUUGGACAUGUGGAGUCUUGGCUGCAUGUUUGCUGGAAUGAUAUUCCGCAAGGAACCAUUUUUUUAUGGCCAUGACAACCAUGAUCAACUUGUUAAAAUUGCAAAGGUACUUGGAACAGAUGGGCUAAAUGCUUAUUUGAACAAGUACAGAAUUGAGCUUGACCCUCAGCUUGAAGCCCUCGUUGGAAGGCACAGCAGAAAACCCUGGUCGAAGUUUAUCAAUGCAGACAACCAGCAUCUAGUAUCCCCUGAGGCCAUAGAUUUCCUUGAUAAGCUUCUGCGCUAUGAUCACCAGGAUAGGCUCACCGCACGUGAAGCUAUGGCACAUCCAUACUUCCUCCAGGUGAGGGCUGCCGAAAACAGCAGGACUCGUGCGCAAUAGCAAUAGCAAGACUGUUGCUGACAUUGAACGAGCAGCGCUUGACGAAGCUGCAUCCUUGUAGCGACUUUGUCAUGUAUUAUGACUCGAUAAUGGUUGGGUCAGCUGGGAAAGGUAAGAGCCUGUGUGGUGUGUGCCUCUCAUCGACGAGGCGGAAAAGAACUGUGAUUUGCUCCUGUUGUUUGUGUAUGGAAACCUGAUUGAUUGAAACUUCGCAAACACUUUUCAUGUAACGUGUUUGGUAACAUUGUACGACUCUGCUUGUAAAGAAUAUCUUUGGUAAAUUGCUUUGGAUUCAAAA